AAAAAAAAAGGAGGGGGGGGGGGGAGGUGAAGGGGAGUGCGCGAGAGAAAAGUUUGGUCAUGGCAGGGAAUGUGUGAUCAAAGCUGAGCCCAGGCUUCCUGUUACACCGGGACUAUAUAUAUAUCGUGUCUUUAAUGUUGGGAAUGUAAGCAGCUGCUGGAGCCUGGCGCUGACUCUCUGCCUGAUUCCCAGCGCGCUGAGGUUUCUUCCACCGACCACAAUGAACAAGUUCCUGUGCUGCACGCUUGUGCUCUUGGACAUUUCUGUCAAAUGGACCUUCCAGGAUGACUCUACCCCCAAGUAUCUCCAUUACGACCCAGGGACAUCUCGCCAGCUGCUGUGUGACCAGUGUCCUCCCGGGAGCUACGUGAAGCGGCACUGCAGCGCCAGCAGCCCGACGCAGUGCGCUCCGUGCCCGGCUCAGUACUACGCCGACGAGUGGAACAGCAACGAGGAGUGCCAGUACUGCAGCACCGUCUGCAAGGAGCUGCAGUUCGUCAGGCAGGAGUGCUCCAGCACGCAGAACCGCGUCUGCGAGUGCGUCCCGGGCAGGUACCUGGAGCUCGAGUUCUGCUUGAGGCACACGGAGUGUCCGCCCGGCUCCGGGGUUGCCCAGGCAGGUACCCCUGAGAGUGACACUGUAUGUGAGAGAUGUCCAGAGGGAUUUUUCUCAAAUGAAACCUCCUCCAAAGCAGCCUGUCUUAAGCACACAAACUGUAGUGCCCUGGGUUUCAAAAUAGCUUUGAAAGGAAAUGAGUUUCGUGACAACAUCUGUCAGGAAAACACAGAUACGACACCUCAAAAAUGUGGAAUUGAUGUAACCCUGUGUGAGGAGGCUAUGUUCAGGUUUGCUGUUCCUACUCAUGUCACACCAAACUGGCUGAACAUACUAGCAGACAGCUUGCCUGGGACAAAGGUUAGCACAGAAAAUAUUGAAAGGAUUAAACAAAGGCACAGUCCUCAAGAACAGACCUUCCAUCUCUUGAAACUAUGGAAGCAGCAAAACAAAGAACAGGAUAUGGUCAAGAAGAUUAUCCAAGACAUUGAUCUUUGCGAAAACAGUGUCUUAAAGCAUGUUGGCCACCUGAACCUCACCUUCGAACAUCUCAACACACUGAUGGCAAGCUUGCCAGGCAAGAAAGUGGGAAAAGAAGAUGUUGAGCGCACAAUGAAACUAUGUCAACCCACAGAGCAAGUUCUGAAGCUUCUCAAUCUGUGGAGAAUAAAGAAUGGUGACCAAGACACCAUUAAAGGUUUAAUGUAUGGACUGAAGCACUUGAAAAUGUACCACUUUCCAAAACGAACCAUCCAAAGCCUGAAGAAGGUGAUAAAGUUUCUUCACAGAUUUACAAUGUAUAGAUUAUACCAGAAACUCUUUUUAGAAAUGGUAGGGAACCAACUUAAAUCUGUGAAAGUAAGAUGUGUCUAACUCAAGAUAUGUUUCUUUCUCCACUGACUAUUCUUUCCCUAAUUACUGCCAGCAGUAAUUAAACUGGAACGUUAUUUCACUACAUUUUGAUUUACUAUUUAUAGAAAUGCCUGACUGGAAUAGUUCUAAGUCUCCUGCCGUGGUUUUGAAGGGUUUUUUUGCUGUUUUUUUUUUUUUAAAUAAAAAUCACUUUUGUAAAAGCUAUUAACCCGAUGGUAACACUAAGGGCCUGAUUCUGCAUUUUUGCACAUUCAGAGUUGAAAAGUCCCACUAUAGUCACUAGAUGAGAAAGGAAUUCCAGACCAAGCUCUACUCCAGUAUUUGCUAUUUAUAUUCUUCAAGGAAUAAACAUUUUUGUUGUACAUAUUUAUUAAGUUAAAUGGAUAUGAGACUGAAUUUUAGGAAGAGAAUUGGAAAGCACACUGUAUAUUUUCUAGUUAAACAAAUAUGAUUCCAUAUAUUUUUUUGGCAAAAUUUUGUAGCAUGCCAUAAGAGUUAUUAAUUUCUUUACAUUUUGUAUUUAAAAAAUGUAUUAUUGCUUAGUAUUAUUUGUAUAAGUUGUGGUAUCUUUUGGCAAGGAUGUUUUAAUUUAUCCAAUGAUUUUAACUCAAAUACGGUGAAAAUAUAGCUCAAGUGACCUGAAUAUUUAAAUAUUCUGUGAGGAAGUGAAUGUACCAUAUUUAAGAAGCUGGAUUUUUAUAUAGAAUUUCAUAAUCUUAUUUUAUAAAGCAAUUAAAUUUUUCAGUUUAGUUUUUGA